AAAUCGUGUAGUAUAUAUCAUGAAGGUUAUAUGAGCAUCUUCCUACAAUUCUACACCAUAACUAUUUCAAACUAGCGAUAUUUUUUGUCAAAAUCGCGGAUCUGUUUGUUUGUUGUUUUUAAGCAACGUUUUUUUUUUUUUUUAAAAAUCGUGCACUAUCAGAUCGGUAUAAAGAUAUACAGUUAAAUUAGACCAUUAUCAAUGUCAGAAUUUGUGUGUGAGACGCCGCCAUCAGUGUUCCAAUGUUCGUCGAUUGGGAUCUGGAAAUUCAAACAAUAUAUCGAUAACAUAAGAGCAAAAUUUGACCUGGCACAGUUCCCAGUUUCGCGAUAUCCAUACCCUGCUUUUAUAUUUGUACAAUGAAACCGUUUAUGACUUUAAACGCUAUUAAAGACAUCGAGUGCACUACGUUUUGUUUAUGAAUUCAUUUUUAUUUUCAUUUUUUACAAAUCAUUGUGAUCAAGGUUUAUGAUUUUUAGACUGAUUUAAUGGAAUUUAAUGGGUUUAUGAGUGCAGCUGAACUAGAAGUGAAAUCCAUAAAGAUUUAAUUUCAUCCGAUGAUAAGUGGAUUCCUGGCCCUGUGAUCGACGGCUGAUCUGUGGAUUUUAAGGACUGGUCUGAAUGCAGCUGACGAGUAUCUAUGGGUUUUGACGUGGAUCGCUUCCUGAGGACUGUAAACGAGGGGCUUCUCUGUUGCAUUUGUCGUGACGUUUUGGAGGACCCUGUACAAGCACCUUGUGAGCAUGCGUACUGUCGCCAAUGCAUCGAAGCAUGGCUGGUGCACGAAACUAGAUGUCCAGAAGACAGGAGUAACUUGUCGCUAUCAAACCUAAAGCCUUUGUUUCGAUACAUGAAAAACGACUUAGAUAAACUACAAAUUCGAUGUAUCAACGUGAAUCUUGGCUGCAAUCAUAUAUGUUCACUGGAGGUCAUUGCAUGUCAUGAAUCAGAGUGCCCAUACGGUUCAGUGCAAUGUCCCAAUGAUCACUGCACCACUAUAGUACUGCGGAAGGAGCUAACAGGCCACUUAGCCUCGUGUGAAUUUCGUUCCAGAGAAUGUCCAAGAGGUUGUGGUAUGCUGAUGGUCCAACGGCAAGACAGAGACCACAACUGUGUUGGUGAACUCAGAACAGCGAUGGAUGUCCUGCGAUCAGAAAUGUCCUGCAAAAUCGAAGAACAGAAAAAAGAAAUGGAACUGAGGUUGAACACGCAGAGAUGCCAUAUGGUCCAAAAAGAAUCUUUUAUGCAAUCUCAGAUGGAUGAAAUGAAAGCCGAACUUUCCAGACUUUCACAAAAAAUUAAGCUUCUUAUGGAACUGGAAGUCAAGCGUCGACAAGAUACUGAGCGAUUAGAACUAGAAAAGCGCGAGUUGAUGGAAUUACUGCGCCGCAACCAGACUGAAACAGGGAGUACUUCGGGAGACAAAGCGAAUAAACGACAAUUUAGAGGGAGAGUAACAGCGUUGUGAUUGAACAAAGAACCGCAAAUGCCAACGAAAAUUAUGACAAUUUCUACGGUAUCCAAGUCCUUACGUUAUGCUUUUUAUUCCUUCGGGAUAUGAUAAAAAAUUUGGGAACGGUACAUGUCAUUAUUGAAAGCGGUUUCUUUGCAUAACGUUAAACAUGUUCUACAUCACAAUCACACAGUAAUCUUACCAUACCAUUGAGGAGAUGCGAAUGAUAAGACCUUGACAGAGUUUAUGCUAGACGGUAGGGGUCUAAUUAUUAUAUUAAAUCGAUCUUUUUGCCGAAAAUUACGAACGAUGUACAGCAGGUAAAUGAAAACAAAAUGGCUGUGUUGAGAUAGUUUGUUUAGUUAUCAUAUUUAUUUAAAACGUCAAGCACCUGUGUGUUAAUGUGCCGACAAAACGAAUAUUGCCCUAAGUAGGAGAAUUAGGUUAUAGUUUUAUUUUACCGAAUCAAUUCUCAGAUAUUCAACUUAACUGCAUGUUAUAUUUCCUUAUGGAAAAGUUUUAAAGUCAAAUUCAUUGGUUUGAACAUUAAAUGUACUUAGUUUUCAUCAACGUUCAGGACUAGCACCUGCCUAGAGAUAGUGAUUUUUAUUGAUUUCCAAGGUCAUAUAAAUGCAAAGGGUCAAGAUCACAGGAAAUAAUGAAAUGUCUUCUAAGCAAAUUUAUACAACAAGUACUUCAUUUUUAUCAAACUUUAAGGAAUGAUACAUCAAAUGAAAAUCUGGUAUUCAAGUAAACAUUGAAUGUUUAUUUAUUUAUUUUUGUUGACAUUUAUUUUUGUUGACAUUUACUGUGCUGAUAAUAACACUACGGUGGCUAGGCACACAUCUUAAACCCACACAACCUGGCUAGUGCAUAAAAUUUACAAUUUUGCGAGAUGGAUAACUCCAUUUACCUGAUCAAGAUAUGGGGCUUACGGUGGGUGUGACCGGUCGACAGGGGAUGAUUACUCCUCCUAGGCACCUGAUCCCUCCUCUGGUAUAUCCAGGGGUCCGUAUUUGCCCAACUCUCUAUUUUGUAUUGCUUAUAGGAGUUGCAUGUAUGAGAUUAAUCACUGUUCGUUAUCUUCGCCUUUCAUCGAUUGUUGAUACUGAUUGUUAUGAAAUUUUGCAUGCAUAUCUGUGUGUAUGGUACCUUUGUUCAAAGAAACUAGACCAAUUAAGCUACAUGUUUUCUUUUUUCUAAAGAACAAGAAACAGUCUGUGAUUAUGGACAUACAUGUACAUAUAUGAUAGAGGAGUUUAUAUAAAACAUAAACCUAAUCAGUUCAUUUAUGGAUAUACAAGUGUAAUGUGUUUUCCCUACUGCAGUUUUUGGGUUUCUGGGCAAAACAUUUUAUUGUCAAUAUAAAUUCAAUUUUGCCUGCAAAUGUAUCAUUUAUAUAUUUCUGUAAUUACUGAAUAUGUACAAUCAAUAUAGUAGUAUUCACUUGACGAUUUACAUGACACAGGCCUAGGAUAUUAUUGUACAGAAAUAUGAAUCAUAUUUAUGAAGAUAUAUCAUUGUACAGAAUUAUGAAUAUCUAUUAUUCGAUGAUUUUCAGAAAGGGAUUAUCAAUGUACAGAAAUAUGACUGUUUAUUAUUUGAUGAUUUUUAGAAAGGGAUUAUUAAUGAACAGAAAUAUGAAUAUCUAUGAUUUGACGAUCUUCAGAAAAGGAUUAUUAAGUACAGAAUUGAAAUAUGAAUACUGUAUUUAUUUGACGAGUUACAGAAAGGGGUGCUUACUCUUCCUAGGCACGUGAUUCCGCCUCUGGUGUGUUCAAGGGUCCGUGUUUGCCCUACUCUUCUUUUUGCAUUCUUUAUAGGACUUAUGAGAUUGAUCAUUGUUCUUUAUCUUCAUUUUUUCAUAUUAUUGUACUCAAAUAUUGAUUAUACAUAAUAAAUCGCCAAAUCAUACACUAAUAGGUUGCUUUUAUCGAAAACCAAAUAAAUUAUUAUCAUCAUAAA